CAUAACAUUCAGGGGUACAAACGAUGGCUUCGCGAUCUUUAGCACAAGUGGGUCGCGUCGCUACGACCCGCUUGCUAAGAUCUAACCUACAACGGAUUGUUUUGCCAGCUACCGCUAGUGUACGUCAAAAUUCCACUACUGUUGACAAGAAGGGCGUCCACACUUCUGUCGUCUCUCAAGCACAACCGCAAGCCUCAACCAGAGGUGACAAGGAAGCACCAAAAUCGGCAAGCUCUGGAUCAAAAGGAAAAAUUGUGGCAGUUAUCGGUGCCGUCGUUGAUGUACAAUUCGAUGAGAAUCUACCACCUAUCCUUAAUGGUCUUGAAGUCACAGGACGCAAACCUCGCCUCAUUCUUGAAGUCUCGCAACAUCUCGGAGACAAUGUCGUCCGAUGCAUUGCUAUGGACGGAACUGAAGGUCUCGUUCGUGGACAAGAAGUCGUUGACACCGGAGAUCCAAUCAAGAUCCCUGUCGGACCUGAAACCCUUGGUCGUAUCAUGAACGUCAUUGGAGAGCCCAUCGAUGAGCGAGGUCCCAUCCCAGCCAAACACAAGGCCCCUAUUCACGCUGAAGCCCCAGAAUUCGUCGAAAUGUCUGUCGAGCAAGAGAUUCUUGUGACUGGAAUCAAGGUCGUAGAUCUGCUCGCUCCCUACGCCAAGGGAGGAAAGAUUGGUCUUUUCGGUGGUGCCGGAGUCGGAAAAACUGUACUUAUCAUGGAGCUCAUCAACAACGUCGCAAAGGCUCACGGAGGUUACUCCGUGUUCGCUGGUGUUGGAGAACGAACUCGUGAGGGUAACGAUCUGUACCACGAGAUGAUUGAAGGAGGUGUCAUCGAUCUCAAGGGCAACAACUCGAAAGUGUCGCUGGUGUACGGACAGAUGAACGAGCCCCCAGGAGCUCGAGCUCGUGUGUGCCUCACUGGUCUAACUGUUGCCGAAUACUUCCGUGACAAAGAAGGACAGGAUGUGCUACUUUUCAUUGACAACAUUUUCCGUUUUACCCAAGCUGGUUCGGAAGUGUCUGCUUUGCUAGGACGUAUUCCAUCUGCUGUAGGAUACCAGCCUACCUUGGCCACUGAUAUGGGUACCAUGCAGGAGCGUAUUACCACCACCACCAAAGGAUCCAUUACAUCAGUACAAGCUAUCUAUGUACCUGCUGAUGACUUGACCGAUCCUGCUCCCGCCACCACCUUCGCUCACUUGGACGCCACCACUGUAUUGUCUCGAGGUAUCGCUGAAUUGGCCAUCUACCCCGCUGUCGAUCCCCUUGACUCUACCUCGCGUAUCAUGGACCCUAACAUCGUCGGACAGAGGCAUUACGACAUUGCUCGUGGAGUACAGAAGAUUCUGCAAGACUACAAAUCUCUCCAAGAUAUUAUUGCUAUCUUGGGUAUGGAUGAAUUGUCUGAAGAUGAUAAACUCACUGUAUCUCGCGCUCGUAAGAUCCAACGUUUCUUGUCCCAACCAUUCCAAGUCGCUGAAGUGUUCACUGGUCAUGCCGGAAAAUUCGUAUCAUUGGAGGAGACGAUCCGAGGAUUUGAAAUGAUCUUGAAGGGUGAGCUCGAUCAUUUACCAGAGGUAGCAUUCUACAUGCAAGGAGGAAUUGACGAUGUAUUCGCAAAGGCAGAAGAACUAGCUAAGCAGCAUAGUUAG